GGGAGCGAGGGGGACUUUUACUUUUGGACUUGGACUAAUGCCCUUUACACUGGCCUGGUCCCAACCAUCUUAACUCCACUGUUGCCGGACUGGCCUGCAUCGUUUGUUUGCACAGCUAUUCGUCACGCUUCAGAUGAUUGAAAUUAUUUCCGCGCAAUGCUCAUUAAACACCGGAGUUUACAUUUGAGAAGACUUCAAACUUUAACCACAAGACCACAAGACCGAAAUCAAGAAUCAAGGAACCUCAGUACAGGCUUAACCUAAAAUGGCGGAUGUGCAACCUCUGCCAGAAAUUUGUUGUUUAAAGAAUUCUCACAUUUCGGUCCAUGUAGAAGAAGCACUCUUAGACUGUUUAAUUGUAUCAUAUGAGUAUGAUAGCAAGUUAUAUCAAGGUGUCCUGUUGGAUGCCUCGAAAAGGUCUUUACCAUGUGGUAUCCUUGCACCACCAGGUUAUCCAGAGGAGGAUGUUACCUUGCAUGUCCUUGGAACUGAAGAGGACAAAAUGCACAAUUUGGCCCAAAGACAUUCAUAUUUUCAAGGAAAAUCACCAACCUACUUGAGUCCAGCAGGAAAGGAUGCCUUAAAUCCAGGAUCUGCUUACCACAUGCGUCGUACUAUGCGUGGUGGACAAUCUAAGUUCAAAAGUAGCAGGAUGACUGUAAGACUGAGACCAAGACAAGUUUUAUGUUCCAAGUGCAAGAGCAUAUGCAAUGAAAAUUCUGAGAAUGUAGAUCUCUCUAAGAAGCGAAAAGAGGAAUCGAUUGCACCCUCUAACGGCCCUGCAGAAAAACGAAGCUGUCCACCAAGACAAAUAUGUCCUAAAUCUCCAAGGCCACCCUUUUCAGAAAAUCCUCAAGACAAUAAAGCUUCUAGUAAUCUGUCUCCUGGUAGACGUAAAAGUCAGGCAAACCCAUCUGAAGAUACUUCAUCUCUCUGUCCAUCAUUGAUCCCCAAGACUGAGAAAGAAAGUGAGGUUUCCUUAACUAGUUCUGUGAACAAAUUAAAAUUAGUAGGGGGUUAUUGGACAAAACAGGGAACAGAGUCUGAAGUUGAAUCUGAGACAAGCGCUAAAUCUAACAACCCCAGAACCAAGUCUAAUGGCUGCAGCAAAGCAGUGCUGUCUGCUGAUCCUGUUGAUGAUGUUUCAUUUACUUCCAAUAAUAGUCAUUCCAUGGAUGUUUGUGAGUCAGGAAAAUCUGUUGAUGACAUUGGGGAAGCUAAUUCCCCAGAAUUAGAAGUAGUUGAUGUAUACGAGAAUAGUGUUAGUGUAAAUGAACUAGUAGACUAUCAAGCCAAUUCAUCAUCCAAAUUAAAUGACUCAUUUGCUAGUUCUGAAACUGAUGAAAGCCAGGCACGAAUGGUUCUACGUAAAAAAAGAAAUGUAGGAUCCAUGGAGGAUUUAUGGGAUGAGACUGUUUUUCUUGAGGACACUACCAGGAGAACAACCCCUGUCAUAAAAAUAUCUUUUGGAACACAGGGAGAAGGCACUGUUCUGAAAAUUCCUGCAAAGGUGCGGAGCUAUCAUGAAAGCGAAAGUGAUGUUGAAGAUGAAGAAAUUGAAGUACAAUCACCAGCUAAGGAUGUAAAAACAAAAGCUGCUAAGAAAGCUCUGAAGAAAGCGAAGAAAGAAGCUCGCAGAAAAUUGCCAGAAGAAGAUUCAGCAGAAUCAUCAAGGCCUGCUAAUGACAACUCUCCUGCUUAUGAUACCAAGCAUCUGUACCAUCGAAGACAUAAAAGAAAGGUUAAACACAAGAAGAGGCACAAAGGAAUUCGUGCCCAACAUGAAAUCACGGCUGUUGUGGAUGAGAUGGAUCUAGAUAUCCCUCCACUAAUGGAGGAAGACCCUCUUAAAAUUGAUAAUUUGCCUAGUGAGGAACUGGCUGUGAACAACAUUUGUAAUUAUGAUUCUAUGAAGGAAAAAUGCCUGAAACAUAAGCUGUCAAUAAAUUUGAAGCGUUUGAAUUCAACUUCCUACAAUCCACGUGGUGAUACAAGUUCUUCGGGUGGAUCAGAAAGUUCAACCAGUUAUUCUGAAUUGUCUGGUGUUGAUGAAUUACCAGACUUUCCAAGGCCUCCUUCAGAUCACAAUUUUAUGACUGUCGGAACAUGUCUGACUAGUGAUGGGAGGACUGUGGAAGUCGGAGAUGUUGUCUGGGGAAAAAUUCAUGGUUUUCCAUGGUGGCCAGGAAAGGUAUUAAGUAUAACUAUUCAAAGAAAGCAAGAUCAUACUUCUUGUGCUCCUCAAGCACAUGUCUCCUGGUAUGGCUCUUCAACAUCUUCAUUAAUGCCAUGUGAUCAAUUGAACCCUUUCCUUGAAACAUUCAAAAUCCGAUAUAAUAAAAAGAAAAGAGGUCCAUAUAAAGAAGCUAUUCGCCAAGCAACACUUGAAGCACACAAGGACUCUCAAGAUCCAUUGCAAGAAAUAGAUGUGGUGUCUUAGUGAAAAUGUAUAUGUAUGAUAGACCAGUCAUAUUUUAGUCAAAAGUGAAGAAACUGCUAGUCAUGUACAAGCUUAUGCACCUCACCUCAGGAUUAGCCUACAUUCUGCUGAGAUUUUUAAAUCUUUUUUUUAAUGAUUUAGUAUCUAUCCCACAUUAAUGGUGCAUUAAGAUGAUUCUAAAUUAUAUGAAUCUUUAUCAUUCCUAUUAGACAUUUAUGUGUGAUGCAAACCAUCAAUUGUUUACUUUGUGUUUGCAAGUGACUUCCACAGUAUUUAGCUCCACCUUAAUCUGUAAUUUAACUUGAAAGCCCUCCUGCUUCAAAGCUUUACAUGUUCUAUCAUUAUCCAUUUUGACUGCGCUGUCUUCCAAUUCCCUUUCUAUUAGAUCAUUUAUAGGCCUUCAUAUGAGACCAACUUGAAAACAACCUUUUACCUGAUUCUCGUCUUUCAUUUAAAACAAAACUGUCACUGCCUAGGUUACUUUUUUGUCUUACUCAGAAUUGGUAGAUACUUGUGUGACCUACGUUCAUAUUGAUUUUGCGUUUAAGACUGGAUCAUGGACAGACUGGAGAUUGGCACAUUUCAAAAAGCAAAGCUUUAUUUACAAGUUUUGGAAUGUGUAGACUGUUUCUGUCUGUUUUUGCACCAAUGUUUUAAUUUUAAUGAACUGAAUUUAUUGAAACUACUGUAGCUGGGUUUGUGCAUCUAAUGUUUGUAUUUGAAACAAAAUGAUAGGUAUUUAUCUGUUAUACAAUUAAAAUUGUCUAUACAGAUUUCAUUUAAAAAUAUUUGGUGAAAGAAAGUAAACGUAAAGUGUGUUGUGACAUAUUUUGACACACAUGUGAAUAUUUAGCUCUGAAACUUAAAGUGGAUUUUAAGUAUGUAGUAUUUGACACAUAAUGAGAGAAUUAUGAGCAGAUACCUCUGUCUUUGCCCAUCAACUACAUGUCUUUCCCCUCAUAUCUAUCUAUUUUUAGACCAAUAGUAUAUUUGUACUGUAUGUGAUAUCUUUGUUUUAUCAGCAUACUGACUUAUAUUUUUGUGUUUAGUUAUUGAGUAUUUGAGCAGACCUGUGUGCAUGUGUUUAUUUGGGGGUUGGGGAGUAUGCUUAGCUAGUGGUAUAUGUUCCAGUUCAAGAGAAUAUACUGUCAAGUUGAUUCGGGUGUAUUUUAAAACUUAUCUUUUUGUGGUGCCUUUGUUAACAAUCUAUGGAUGUUUUGUGUUUGCAGCCAUUGAGAACUUGAACUGCACCUCUUAUCUUUUUAACUCUGUAGUUGUGACAUGUACUUAAAUAUGAUGUAUCGGGUGUUCUGUCGAGGUCCAGGUACUAUAAGACUUGCCGUUAGUUUGGACGUAGCACUGCGGAGGAGUGCGGGCAUGUAGGUGCAGGAUGUGGUGUGGGUGGAGAUGGAGUGGCCCCGCGCCCGCCUCUACGAUCGCCCCGUGCUACCCUCUAUGUCUUCCCGUGGCCACGCUACUUCAGCGAUUCCCUAUAGAACCAGUGCUUCGGUAAACCCAACAUACUAGUUACUAUUAUGACUCUGGAUACCCUGCACAAUUUACAUGUAAAAGUUUGAUACUGAUCUUAGGUCAAAUCAGAAAUUAAUAUUUUCUUCUGUGUUAACAUGGUAUUUAAAGUCCUCAAAAUAAACCACCAGGAACACACACACAAAAACAAAACAAAAAAAAUAUCUCCUUUUAGCAUAGCUGUGUUAUAAGCACCUGUUGGUAUAUUUUAUGUUAGCCAAUGCUUUAAUUUACUUUACCAAUUACUUUGUUUUGUCAUAUAGAUUUAUGGAAAACUUAUUUCUAUGUUGUAAUUUGUUUCUGUAAUCAUUUUUUUAAUUGAUUAAAUUUUAUACAUCUUUUCUCACAUGCAUGUGGCCAAAAGUGUGGCUGUAAUGUCUCAUAGUUUAUGUAUUUGUUUAUGAUGUAGUGUAUGAAAAAGCCUUAGCGGUUCUCUUUUAGGUGGUAAUAGAAGUUCAAUCAGAGAAUUUUAAUUUACAAAAUGUUAGCAUCACUUCUCUGUAUUUUAUCUACUGUUGACUAAGAUGCAUUUUCUCUAGCAAUUAUUUUUUAAGCUGCCUAGCAGGCAACAUUCUUUGUUUUAUUAUUUGGCCAUGGAUGUGUUAUGUGAGCUAAGUCUUAAUCAUAGAUAGAUUUAUUGUUUGUUGUCAGUUUGAUUUUGUUUCUUUCCCUUUGCUUUCUUUUGUUUAUAUUUUAUGAUAUAGUUUUUUAAGACAAUUAAUUUGUUAAAAUUAAUUAUUUGGGUAUGUUGUGCUCACAAAUGAGUAUUUUCUUGACGACUUUUCUGUAAUUAUAUAUUUACCCUUCUUUCUUGAUGUCUGUGAGGAAGAGGAGUGUAGUCGACUAAUUGACUCAAAGUGACUGUGAUUAAAUCUAUUACUGGUUUCCAGUAAGUUUGAGACUUCAUAUGACAUUGUUAUUUUGAAGUCAGUUGCUGGUAUUUUUACUUCCUUCUCUAAAACAAAAUGAAAAUCAUUUAUGUAAUGACUUGAUUGCCAAAACGUGUUAGUCCCAGCAAGUUCAAAUUGUUAAAUGCAUUACUGUAUGUGUUUAAGGCUGAUGAAAUAAUAUCUAAAUUCCAAAGUCA